GCAUAUAACUCUUUCAAGUUCACCCCAUUCAAGCUAAGCUCUGCUUGCAAAUCCUUCCGAUUCCUGUCGACUACACAUCAUUCAUACUGUCCCGUUUUCCCAUUGAACUAGUCUCUAUUCUUUCAAGCUCAACCCUCGACAACUCUCAGCAUGGACCACUAAUACCUCGAGCAGCCCAUCAACCCGUAUACACACCUCUCCUAUUUCCAGCCGGUCUGCCGUCUGAGGAAGACCACUCUGGAUCAUCUGCAUCCUUUAUGGUCCGCUAACAUUGGCACCAUCAUCGACCGUGUGUGGGGUCUUGUUUAUACAACUCUAGUAUUGCCCCGACUAUUGAUGGAUCGUUGCCAGGCAUCAUAUUGAUACCUGAGCGAUGUUUGCGUUCCAUAAGAAUGAGACGCUCUCGCGCUCCAGACAGUCAUCUAUCGACUCACCUUUGUCUGAGUCCGCAAGUCUGACAUCGGUCCCCGACUCGAUGACCGCAUCGCAAUAUUCCGAUUCUUUCGACAUGGAAGGCAUGCACUCACCAGAACGGCGGCGAAAGGCUGCGUCAGGCAGACGAAGCUCUGUAUUCAAUAUGCGGUCAAGAAGUAACACAGCUGCUUCUACAGCUUCCUCCAUAUCUCCCAGCCAUACAGACAUGACCGUACACGACCAUGCCUCGCCCAGCUCACCACCUUCACUCCGCCAAGUCCCCAGCCAGAGCCGUCUCGAUAACGCUGGCCCAAGAAGGUCAAUGUUUCGUGGAAAGAUGGGCAAGAGGUUAAGCGAGUCGAUUGGAAGCGGCCUGGACAUCGAUGACUUUCCAGAAGCAGAUCCUGGGAAGAAGCGAGCAUCGUUCCUGCGAAAGCGCAAGGGUACCAAUGAGUCGGAGAGUUCACAUCACGAACUCAAGAACCGAAUCUCGAGUCCCUUCGAUUUUCAGCAUCUUACGCACGCCGGCCGACAUCAAAUAGCUGCGCUAGAACAGAACCCUGAGUCCGUAAUGGCAGCAGGGUGGGCCCAACAUGCCGCGCAGGCCUCCACUUCAGCAUCACAAGGAGCUCACCGUCCUCGACAGAGAUCGACCGACAAUCUGAUGGCCUCCAAGUCCGCCUGGAGAUCACCGCCCCAAAGCCCACGCCAAAGCGGCUGGCAACAACCUGAAUUUCAGAAUGGCGCAUCGCUAUCCCGACCGGAGCUUCGACUGACUCGGUCUGUCGAGAGUUUCUCGCAGCCAGGUAUGAAUCUUCGUGCUCAUCGGCAUUCAUCAUCGGUUGUCGCACCCCCACGGACAACUUCACUUCUUCCAGCAUCAUCCAUAACCAAUAUACCGGAGGAAAUGUCCACUAACCAAGCCUCAACCACGUCACCUUCCUUCCGCUCAAAAAGACAAUCAGGCAUAUGGGAUGCAUUCACACUGUCAGCUGUACCACAAGCGGAUCAACUUCCAGGGAUAGGGGAGGACUCGAGCUUUGUUGGCAACGCUGUGACAACACCAGACGACUCUGCGAUCCAGGCUAUGACACCACCCUUCAGUCCCAGUCUCGAAGAUGUUGCGGAAGAGCCAGAACGCUUCGUCAGCCCCAGGCCUGCCCCUCAGCCGCCUCGCCUGAAGACUCCAACGUCCCCGAAGCCGUUUUUCUCUGAGCCGUUCUCAUUCAAUCAUCAACGUUCUUCAGGUGUACGCACUCGACCAAGGGGGAACUCCCGUGCAUCACCAAAGUCUGCCAGCUUGAAUGUUUCCAAUGUUAGGCCCGUCUCACAUGUGUCCGAGACCUUUGCCUCGCCUAGCUCAACACGCGAGAGCCCUGUUCCUAGACCCACGACCACACGCCGCAAGUCGAACACAUGGCGGGCCAUCGAAGAGUCAUGGGAAGAAGACGUCGACUAUAUCUAUGAGCACGCCCUUGAGGCCGAGUGUGAUAACGACUGGGACUGUGUAUCAGAGGACGAGGAUUUUACUGACCGACACCGUGCGUUGACCCGAGCUAUCUAUGAAGAAAGACCUUCGAUCCCGGAAACCUUGCAGUCAUCUCAAUAUUCUGCCAGCAGUAAGCCCAUGUUCCAGUUGCAGAUGCCGUUCCCAGUUUCGCGCCUGCCUCCUAGCAAUGAUAGCGUUCCAGAACUGGGCACCGCAUCUACAGUAUCAGCUUCGACAACAGGAACUGCCUUGCAAACCCCAUUCCACGAGGCCGAAGGUUUUGCAUUGAGCCCGUCACUAUUACUUCCCCAGGACUACAAAGAGGUCGCGGAGACUUCUUACGAAGAUAUUUUGAAAGAGUAUGACGGUUCUGAUUGUCAUUUUCCCCUCAUGGAUCCAGACGAAAGUGCCACGAGCUCGACCCGCAGCAGUCGCGUUCGUUUCAGCCGCCGGAGCUCGUAUGACAGCAGCUUGGUGUCCUCUGCUCAGAGCUCUGGCCUCUGGCGCUCUCCCGUGAGGCGCUCGGCGAGUUCUGCUGGAAGCGUUCCGGAACUCGUACAUUCUCGUCGCACUCGCCAGCAUUUCAGCCUCGUUGUUGACGAGCUGUCCGAGCAGGUCGCAGCCAUGCAAGCGUUUGGCAGUGACGGCGAAGAGGAUGACGAUGUUACCCCGCCCGGGCCCUCUCGUCUUUCGACAGAACGAUCCUUUUUCACUUCCGCACAGGAACUGUCUGACAAUCAAAGCUACCAGCGCAACACACACUCUCACAAGCAAGCUCUCUCGGACGGCGCAGCCCAUCUACCAGUCUCGGCUGAGCAUGUCAAGCCUCGCGCCCGGGCAGCAACUACCAGCCGCACCAAUGAACAAGAGUACCUACAUCUCUUUCCCACACCACCAUCAUUCUCUCCUCCCAUCAGCAAUUAGAGAACGAAUUCCUAUCAUUACAGUACACCCUGUCCGCAAUGUCUUUCACCCUGGUGUAUUCUCAAAGCCUGGCCGGACCACGCUCUGACACGGUGUACGAUCCUUUCAUUAGUCUAUUUCAUUGUAUA